AUUGCUCAAUGCAUACAGGUUGAUUUGUAUCAAAAUGGAAAGGACGAUCAUGGAAGAUAACUUGAUCUUUUAUUUUGCCCUUUGCCUUCUUAUUCUGAUCACUUCAAAGCUCUUGCUCCAAACAAGAUCACGAUUCAAAAAGCUCCCUCCAAGUCCGCCUUCUCUCCCUAUACUGGGCAACCUCCUACAACUGAAACAACCUCUCCAUAGCCACCUUCAUUCCCUCUCUCAAAAAUAUGGCCCCAUCUUCUCUCUCCGUCUCGGCUCUCGUUUUGCUGUUGUCGUUUCAUCUCCCUCCGCUGUUGAAGAGUGUUUCACCAAAAACGACAUUAUCUUUGCGAACCGUGUUCCCCUUCACAAGACCAAGUACAUCGGUUACAACAACACCGUCCUCGUUGCUUCUUCCUACGGUGACCACUGGCGCAACUUACGUCGUAUAAGCUCCCUCGAGAUCCUGUCAACAGCCCGUAUCAACUCAUUCUUGAAUCUCCGAGUCGACGAGACCAAGCUGUUGCUACGCAAGCUGGCUCGGCAGUCAAAAAAUAACUUCGCGAAAGUGGAGCUGAGAUCAAUGUUUUCAGAUCUGACCUUUAACACCAUAAUGAGAAUGGUUGCCGGAAAAAGGUAUUACGGCGAUGAAGCUGAUUUGACAAACGUGGAGGAAGCGAAGCGGUUUAGAGAUGCCAUGCAGGAGAUCUCAUCUUUUAGUUUGGGAACCAAGGAUUCAAACCUUGUGGAUUUUUUGCCUCUGUUCCGAUGGAUUGAUUACAACGGUUACAAAAAGAGAUUGCAAAGAGUCGGGAAGACGUUGGAUGAGUUGUUGCAAGGGCUCAUUGACGAGCAUCGAUAUAAAAAGGAAGGAUUGGAAAGCACAAACACUUUGAUAGAUCAUUUACUCAUAUCGCAAGAAUCAGAACCUGAGUAUUACACUGACAAAAUUAUCAAAGGCCUUAUUAUGGUGUUGAUAUUAGCAGGAACAGACACUUCAGCAAUCACAUUAGAGUGGGCUAUGUCGUAUCUAUUAAACUAUCCAAGGGUAUUGGACAAGGCAAGGAUUGAAUUGGAAGCUCAGGUUGGAGAAGGGCGGCUAGUAGAAGAAGCUGAUGUGACUAAACUAUCAUACCUUAAAAGUAUCAUCUCCGAGACAAUGCGGCUGAGCCCAGCCGCCCCGAUGCUCGUACCCCACAUGGCUUCAGAUGAUUGCUUUGUAGGGGGUUAUGAUGUGCCACGUGGCACUAUGUUGCUUGUGAAUGCAUGGGCCAUCCAUAGGGACCCAGAUUUGUGGACUGACGCAUUGAUCUUUAAGCCCGAGAGGUUUGAAAAUGAGGAGGGAGAAGCCCGAAAGCUGAUACCUUUCGGAAUGGGAAGAAGGGCCUGUCCAGGAGCAGGCCUGGCCCAACGAACCGUAGGGUUGACUUUAGCAUCGUUGAUUCAGUGUUUUGAUUGGAAAAGGGUCAGCGACUUAAAAAUCGACAUGAGGGAGAGUGGCGGAGGCUUGAUGCCCAAGGCAAUUCCGUUGGAGGUUCAAUGCAAAGCACGUCCUAUCCUCAGCAAGAUUCUAUCACAACCCUAGGUGCUAUUCAUGUUGCAUUGUUAAUUUAGGCUUCAACUUCUAGCAUAUAAUUGGCUUCGGAGCACGUGCUUGCUUUUUGAUUUGUUCUCUGCUUUAAAAAUUUGUCAAGUUUAAUUCAUUAUCGAGUUUGGUAAGUUUACUUAAGACGGUUGUGUGAUAAGUUUCAUGCAAACGUUAUUGUUAAAAGCAUUUAUCUUUUAUUGUUGAUGUUAAAUAAUAUAUAUAAAUUAUUUUGAAAAUA